AUGGGAGGGCAUGACUUCCUAAGGAAAGGAGGAAUCUUCUUUGGAUGUGGAGGAAGUGGCUUGCAAGGAGGAGAGGCAUGGCUCGCAAGGACGGGGAGGGCAUGGCUUCUUAGGGAAAGGAGGAAUCUUCUUUGGAUGUGGAGGAAGUGGCUUGCACGGAGGGGAGGGCAUGGCAUGCAAGGAGGGGGAGGGCAUGGCUUCUUAGGGAAAGGAGGAAUCUUCUUUGGAUGUGGAGGAAGUGGCGGAGAGGAAGGGCAUGGCUCGCAAGGAGGGGGAGGGCAUGGCUUCUCAGGGAAAGGAGGAAUCUUUGGAUGUGGAGGAUGUGGCUCGCAAGGAAGGGGAGACAAUGGCUUGCAAGGAAGGGGAGGGCAUGGCUUCUUAGGGAAAGGAGGAAUCUUUGGACGUGGAGGAUGUGGAGGAUGUGGCUUGCAAGGAAGGGGAGGGCAUGGCUUCUUAGGGAAAGGAGCAAUGUUCUUUGGAUGUGGAGGAAGUGGCUUGCAAGGAGGAGGAGGGCAUGGAGGGGGAGGGCAUGGCUUCUCAGGGAAAGGAGGGAUCUUUGGAUGUGGAGGAUGUGGCUUGCAAGGAAGGGGAGGGCAUGGCUUCUUAGGGAAAGGAGCAAUGUUCUUUGGAUGUGGAGGAAGUGGCUUGCAGGGAGGAGGAGGGCAUGGAGGGGGAGGGCACGGCUUGCAAGGAGGGGGGGCAUGCGCUUCUUAG